AUAUCGACUAAGGGGAAGUACCGGUAGUGUUGGCUAUUCUGAAGGAUUGGACCAAAUAAAAACUUAAACGAACCUACCGAGAUCUUCAAACAAUAAACUUGCGACAAUUCUUUGGAAAAUCAGGACUAAAGACAUUAGAAUAUCGAAUAUCGUGAUGGGGCCAUGGGGAUAUACGAAGAAUAUGUUGGUUCACGUUUUUCAAAGUGGCAUUGGUACCUAUUACGAACUUUCCAAACCGAAUUCCGUCCAUUCCAAUUGGAAAAAUGUGCAAGAAUCAUUAAAAUAGCAAGAUAUACCAUUACAUGAAGGCAUAAAGAUAAUGUAAAUCCAAAAAAUAAGAUACUAAAACCCAAUAUGGACAGACAAAAAACAGACAGAAAGAAGUACAGACAGACGGACAGAUAUACAAUUACUGGGUGUUUAAUGGUUAUUUUCAGGAGUUACAAAACCAAGACAUAUUAAUGUAUCCUCCAUACUAUGGAUAUGCAUUUUAUUUUGUUAGCGGCGAGAAAUUCAGUUACAAGUGGUGCAAACCUUCCAGUAUGAACAACCAAAGUUGGUCACGGCAGGACUGGACGUAAUGGUAUGAUAUCAUGACGAUCUGUUGCAUUUUACACCACGUGUGCGGAGUUAUUUCUAACUAGCUCCAAUCGUUCUUAGAGAAGUGAAUUUGCAACCUGCGCAGUAUAUUGUUAGAAACAAACCUUAUUUGCGAGUGGUAGCCAACACUUGCAUUUACAUGACAAAAGGUAUUACAACUGCAAGCGUUUAAAUGAGAACAACGUAAAAGUAGUCACGGCAGGUCUAGUGUACGUUGUUUGUUUCAUUUAUCCUAACAAUCUGUUGCAUUUAAAACCAUCUGCAGAGCAUUUACUACCAAUCUCCAAUCUUUGUUAAAUAAGUAGAAUUGUGACCUGCGCUGUAUUGUGGCAAACAAACUUCUUCUGCAAGUGGUAACCAACAUUGGAAUUUACAUGGCACAUGCCAUUGCAAGUGCAGGCUUUUGAAUGGAAACAACGUAGAAGUGGUCACGGUAGUACUGAACUGUAAAGGUAUAUGUAGCAGGAAGUGAAUGUGCUCGACAGAAAUAAAAGCAAGCAAAACAAAUAUUAAUUUUUCUGAUCCAAGAAAUUAAAACAGAAAGUCAACCAUUCAAUGAAUACUCGCAUGUAAUGAUUGGAUUUUAAAUUUGUAAUAAAUAAAACCACCGUUGAAAUUUUCAAUUAAAAAAGGGCAUUUAACUUGCCAUGGAAGAGUUUAAAUCGAUAACUCCGACCACAUCGGUGGUGAAAAUAUCUGCAUGUUUGGAAAAAAUAUUUCGUAAAAUUGUGGAAAGCCGCGAAAAGAAGAUCGCAGAACAUAAUAUUAAAGAAAUUGAAUUUUUAAAAUCACAAUGCAAAGCAGAAAAUGUUCAACUGGGUUUAAUGAGCUGUCAGACAUUUGUGCGGUUGGUGGAGGACGGUGUCUUGGAGGCCAACAAUGUUUUGCCCAUGUUGUUGUCCAUGUUGCCAAAUUCUAGUCACAUUCAAUACACCACCAUUACCGAAGGUAUUGUCAGUCUCCUUCUGCUGAAUUUGAAACGAAAGGCUGCCACGCUAAAGGAAAACGAGAAAUUCCAAUCACAAUUUGGCCUUAAAACGCAACAACAUCCCAUGAUUACUCUGCUACAAAAUCCAGGGGUUAACAUGAAUGACGUAGCGAACAAAAUUAAUGGUAUUUGUAAUCAUCACGACAAACAAAUCAAAGAAUUUGGCAUAGAGUAUUUGCGCCCUGUCUAUUUAUACAUUCUGUGUAAUCCACAGACCUUGUCCGAUUCCAAAACCAUAUGGACCGGUCUCUUGGCUUUAAGUAAACACAAUCAGGAGGCAAAGACCCUAAUGCAAGAAGUCUUGUCAUGGAGCAAAAUUACAACCUCUCAAAAUUGCCUGUUCACAUCUACCCUGCUCAUAGAAGCCAUUGAGCAUUUCUUGAGUCAGAAAGAUUUCAAACAAUCCAUUGAAUUGUCGGUCUUUCAAAUUUUGGUAGUAAAUCAUUUGGUAAAAUUUGGCAUAGAUCCACGACCCAGUUUGCAUUGUAUUCUAAGGGUUCUGCACUCGACACGAGAACACUCACAGAGUCAUUAUAAUGUUAUGUUAGUCCUGCUCUCGGAAAGCUUGCACUUGUUAUCGCCCAGCUAUUUGCCAGAUCUGCUGCGUAUUAUCUCGUUCAUUGUGGUUCAGGAAAACUGUGGGCAUCAAUACAUUCUGAACAUGUGUCUAGAUGGUAUCAUCCAGUGGAUGUCUCAGACUGCAUUUAUACCUGCAGAUGGUCUGGCCAUAGCCCAUCAAAUUGUACGUAAAAUCUUGGAUGUCAUUAAGGGAAAUGCGGCAACAACACCCAUUCAAACCAAAACCUUUGAAUCAGCAACCAUACGGUAUUUUCAUCCGGAUAUAGCAAUGGCAUUUGAUUUGGCCAAACUAGUGGAAUCGUACGACGAUUCAGAAGACAAAGAUGUCUACACAUUUGUGGAUACCCUCAAUGUUAAGGCGAAUACAACAUUUUGCCAGCGGCUACAUCUAUUCCUGCGUGCCUUAUUCUUGUCCCGUGAGCCAUCGGUGGAUUGUUGGUUUAAAAUCUACGAAGUUAUUUUGGAAAUAAUAAAAGUAAAUGCCGACAUCGCAUAUGAUUUCCUAAUGACUUAUAUUUUCAAGUUGGCCGGCGAACACAAUCCUGAAUUGCAGAUGGAACUUUUAAGAGGGCUACCAAAUUUCGCAAUAUCCAAGGACAAUAUACCCAUGAUUUUGAAUACCAUUCGAAAUUUGUGUAGUUACAAUCCGACAUUCAGCAUGGAUCUAUAUUUAAAACUUUGGCGUGUGGAAUCCCGUACCUAUCCGUUCCUGGUUAAAUUACUGUCACUGCCAUCCAAAGAUGUUAAAAGUAAUAAAUGGGAAUUUGAUGUUGCAAAGACGUAUACAAUACGUGAAAUAUGCUAUGAAAAACCCACGCAACACGGCUCCGAUUUGGUAUCCCACCUCUCUGAUAUUCUCAAUACCUGCACCGACGAUGCUGGUGAUUUACCUACCUCCCUUGCUCUGGACGCCAUCGUGGCUCUGUGUGACAGCAAUACCGUUAAUAUAACAUCAACCUGGCGUGUAUUGAGUAGUAAAUUUCGACAUGAGAAGCGACCUCGGGCCCUUAAAUCGCUGUAUAAAUUCUUUGCACACGUUCCAUUGCUGCAGACACCAACACUUGAGUUUGAACAAUUGGUCGACGAGGCUCUCGAUCAGUUAUGGUUAACCAUAAGUCGUUCUGAUACCGAUCCGGAAAUGAUACGUGAAGCAUUGGAAGCACUAAAACACUAUGAAAUUGGUACACUGCUGACACUGAAGCAUAUACCACCACAAUUUAGGCAAGAUUUGCAUGUUGCACGAGAAUAUAAGGGUCCGAAUGGUCGUGAAGUUGUUGAUCUUGAACAAGAAAUGAUACCCGGGGAAGUAUGGGUACAAUUGUUGCAAAAAAUACGACCAGAGUGUGGGGCCGCUGCUGCAGAUUUAAUUGCUCAUUAUAUUUAUGGGGAAAUUAAUGAAUUCCGUGGAGGUCUCUAUCGCCUGCCUGAUGGCAAACCAGAACCUCGUAAACUUCAGGGAUUAUAUCCACAGAGUCCUUUGCGUGCCAUUAUCAGUUAUUUGGUUAACCAAUCACGUUAUGGAGAUCAUGUUGCCGAACCGAUAGCCGUUACCAAUGCCUUGAGAGCUAUAUCGAAAAAGUUUCCGAAACCCAUACCACCGGUUGAUUGGAGUUUCCUCCAUUCAUUCUUUCACCUGUCCUUCGAUACCAGGAAAUAUUGUAUUCUCAUAGCGAAAAAUCAACUGCUACAUUCGGGUACCGCUAAGCGUUUAUUGGAAAACUUCCUCAUGGAUUUUGAGCCAAAUUGUUUCGAAGAAGAUUUGUUGCUAUUGUUUUCUUUGCUGCCCGAAAUUUCAAAUGGUGCUAGCUUGACGAUAUUGAAAAACUUUGCCGAAAAGGUUGCAGUCUAUUGUUUUAAAGAAUCGCAGCUUGCUGGCUUUAAUGAAGGAUGUUUAUUUGAGAAAUUUAUGGACAGUGUAAAAUAUAUUUUCAUGGGAAAAUGUGAAAUUCCUGAAGUAUUGGACAUUUUCACACUGAUUGUUGAACGUUAUAUGGAUUCCAUGGAUGUCGACUCGAAACUAUUUCAGCGAUAUACUGAAGCUGUGGCUGUUUUGCCCAAUAAUGCCAUCGAUGGCCUCACUUUACCCUCGAAUUGGUGGGAAACUCCCAUAGGCAAGUUGAAAAAGGCUACAAUAAUUCGUUCGUAUUUGGUAUUGUACAAUGGAAAUAUCAGCAAUCCUUUGAAAUGGCUUAAUCCCAUCAUUGAUGCUUAUGCCACACGAAAAGAAGACCAAUUGUUUUUCUUCAGACAUUUAACUUCGGUUCUGUAUGCCUUUAAUAGCGACGAACAAUCGUGCAAUUGGAUAAUGGAAAUGUUUAUACAAAUUCAAGCUCUCCUGGCCGAAUCAUCGAAUAAGGAGAAAUUGGAAAAGGUAUUGUAUUUAUUAGAUAUUUUUAUAUUAUCCGUGGAUGUGUUGUCCGGCUGUGCAGUGCUAUUGGGCAAUUUAGAUGUAGUAGCCACACAACGCAACGAACGGUUUCAAAUUUUCCCUGAGAGUAUGCAGUUCUUAUGUGAUCAUAUUUUUUGGAAAGAUCAAGAGGCGAAAAUUUAUGAGUUCCUUUAUAAUCUCUACAAAAACCCGGCCAUACCAGAGAUAUAUUCUUCCAUUUUCAAAGACGCCAUUGUAUGUUCGCGCAACAAGCCUUACUUUGAUGCCAAGGGAAUUUGGACAAAAUAUGUGGGUAUGCGGAAAUGAGAUUUGGCAGCACGAAGGAUUUGAUAUUAUAUUGCUCAACUAUUAUUCUUAUUAUUAUACACUUUGGCGAAUUUCAAAUUUAUGUUACUCAAGUGCACAUUAAGUGAAACUGCCAUUUUUUGUAUGCUUUAUAUGUGGAUAUUGUAACUAUUUAUAAAAUAUGACAUUGAAUAAAACAGUUGAGUUAUUUAUACAA